AUGGCACCUGCCGCUGUACCCUUGAAACCUGCACUGAAGCCUCAGUCUCGCAACAACCGAGCUGCUCAAAUCGAACUUGGGGCGCUGAUCUGCUCCUCCUUCAUUUGGGCUUGCGGUCAAUGGAUCCUGGCACCAGCACUUCCCUAUUUUGCCAUGGCCAAGGGCUGCCACGCCUUUCACUAUGCGAUGAUCUCAUCUGCUUAUGCUGCCUGCCAGAUGCUGAGCUCACCACUUCUGGGAGUACUGUCAGAUCGCCUCGGGCGUCGACCCAUUCUGUUAGGGGGCUUGGCUGCCACUGCGGUUGUGUAUUUGCUUAUGGCGAAUGCAAACUCUAUCUUCCAACUGGUUCUGGCAAGAGGUGCUCUUGGGUUUGUCAGCGGGACCAUGGCAGCCGAAGUCGCUUACAUGGCUGAUUUGACUUGGAAGUCCGAUCGCGCUUACUGGGUGAACUUGCAAGCAAGACUGCAAGCUGCUGGAUGCCUUCUGGGUCCUGCCAUAGGUGGCAUGGUGGCUCCGUACGAGCGAAAGCGAUUUGAGAGCCACUUCCAAUUCGAACACCUCUGCUAUGCCAUUUCAGGGCUCUGUGUGCUCAACUUCGUUAUAGGUGCAUGGUUCUUCACAUGCCCGGAGAACCUCAAGAGUGUCAAGGCGGCACCACGUAUGGAGAGCGAUUCGCCUCGACGCAAAAUUUCUGUCCUCAGCUCCAACUUCAUGCACGGGCCGACCAAGAUGCUCCUGGUAGCAUGCUUCAUAGAUGGCUUCUCUCUCGCCGUAAGCGAUGGUCCUGAGGCUUUCUUCUUGCAUGACCAGUAUGGCUUUGCACCAGAACAGCAAGCACAAUUCAUGAUGAUUUGUUCUGCAUCCAGCCUUCUGUGGGGAAGCCUGGCACCCUACGUGGGCACACUGCUUCCUGCCAAGCUGAUUUGCGUGUUUUUUUCCAUGAGCACCGCUGGUGUGAUGGUGCUCAUGACAUGGUCCCGGGCAUGGUGGACGCCCUACCUCUAUGCUAUGCUCUUUGGCUGCACAGCCACGCUGGUCGAGGUGGUCAGCAAGGCAUCCUUGGUCGGCAGCCUUGUGCCCGAAAAGCACCAGGCGGCCGUGUAUGGGAUGGAGAGAGGCUUGCUGAAUCUGGGCUUUUCCUUGGGACCACUCGUGGGCGGCAGCAUCUACGAGACCUCUCUGGGUUUGCCAUACACGGUCUCAGCUUGUUGCCUUUGCGCCAGUGCUUUAGUGUACCUCUCGCUGCCCAUCUCAUCUUCUGCCAGCAGCAGAACAUCUGCGGGCAACCCCUUGUUGGAGGAGGAGAUCGAAGACAACGAGGGCAAAGAAGCUCUUGAGCACUGGAGCAAUCAGGCUCCGCUUCCAGCAAAGAGGUUUGGCGCAACGCUUGCGACCGAGAAGGCAAGACGAGUCUACUUUGUUUGCCCAGACCUCUACGAAGCUUACAGAUAUCAAGCCGAUCAGAAGAGACGGCACUCCUUCAACGAAAGCAAUAUCCAGGUAGCAGGAAGAUCGAACACCAUAGGUGAAGAAUCUUUCUCGCUCGCUGUGGAUCACGGUCGAUUUCUAGCAAAGCAUGGUGACUCUAAGAGCGCGUCGAAUUUCAAUCUGUAA